AAGCUCUUAUUUAUCCGUCUAUCAUUCCAUUGCUUCAGAAAAAGAAAAAUGAAAACGAAUACAAAAUAAGUAAAAUAAGGGAGAUAUUUAUACUAAUUGUCUUGUGAAAAUCUACAGUGAACCCUUGGAGAGAAAGAGUAAGAAAGAUUGCAGGUCUUGCAUUCAAAACACUGGAAAAAGAAGCAAUUCUUGAAUAGGGGUUUGAAGAGAAGAGGAUAAAGAUAGUUCCUUUGGCAGCAAAGUUGCAGGCGGUGAAAGAAUUCCAUAUAAAGGGAUAAGAUUUAAACAGCUUUGAGAACUCAUCUGCCUUAAGUAUCUGCUGCUUACUGACCUUCAUUUGGCAUUGACACUCAGAACGGGACAAUGGCUGUUUGUGGUUCAAGAACUUCUCAUAUUGGUCAUUUUGUUGGUAAUAUCACUGCUAGGCGCUUGCAAUGUGGUUUGUCAAUGAACUGCACUGUUUCUUACAACAAACGAGGCUUUGAGAAAGUUAGAAAAAUCAACAUGAGUUUGAGAAAUAAAGGACAUCCCAACAAUAUGCUUUUCCAGUACUUCACGACUCAUGUUACAAAGAGGUGGGCCAAUCCCAAAUCAUACAUAGAAAUUGGAUCAGAAGGUUUACACAACUUAUCCCCUACGUGUUUCUCUUCUGGAACUGCUUCUGCUCCUGGUGUGUCUUCGGAUAAUGCUAAGGGCGAGGAGCAAGUUGCUAAUACUGCUGCUGAUUCUUCUGAAGCAAAGAUCCCCUUGAAGCUAAAUUCAGGAUCUUUUUACCUGCCUCAUCCUGCUAAAGCAAAGACUGGUGGAGAGGAUGCUCAUUUUAUGUGUACCCUUACACAAGCUAUCGGUGUAGCUGAUGGUGUUGGUGGAUGGGCUGAUCUUGGUAUUGAUGCUGGGCUGUAUGCCCGCGAGUUAAUGUCUAACUCUUUAGCUGCAAUUCAGGAGGAACCAAAAGGCUCCAUAGACUUAAUCAGGGCACUGGAUAAAGCUUAUGUGAGAACAAAAGCAAAAGGUUCUUCUACUGCUUGUAUUGUUGCACUCACCGAUGAGGGUCUUUAUGCAGUUAAUUUAGGAGAUAGCGGAUUUAUGUUGGUUAGACAUGGAUAUGCCACGUUUAAAUCCCCUGCACAACAACAUGGUUUUAAUUUUCCUUAUCAACUAGAUUGCAAUAAUGCUGGCGAUUCACCUAGUUCUGCCAUGGUGUUUAAAAUUGCCGUUGCACCUGGAGAUGUCCUAAUUGCUGGUACAGAUGGGCUUUUUGAUAACUUGUAUGACGAAGAUAUCAAAGUAGUUGUACUUCAGUCUGUGGAAGCUGGCUUAGGGCCUCAAAUGACUGCUCAGAGGAUAGCAGAACUGGCACAACAAAGAGCAAUGGAUACUAAUAAGUCGUCGCCUUUCUCUGAUGGAGCCCAGGAGGCUGGAUUUGAGUACCAUGGUGGGAAGCUGGACGACAUAACUGUAGUUGUUUCUUACAUAACGAAUAAUGAAAAUUCAUAACAUGCUGGAAUUUGAAGCAGGAUCAACAGCUGGUGGAGAGUCGGACAUUAUAGUACCGGAAAUCAGAGGCAUCAGUUAGAAUAUUUGCGUUUUGAUUUGUUUGGGGAAGAAAAGAAUGAGAGCUAUAAAGCUGCAUCUUGGGAAUAGCUUAACCUCAGUUUCACCCAAGUGUUUUACUUUUUGAAAUUCAAACAGCAUCUUGGAAUCAUUAGAAUUUAUUUGAAUGAUUUUCUUCUGUAUAAUUUACUUAGCAGAGGCUUUACUUGGUAAAAGGUUGGUGUUGACAUUAAAUUA